UCUAACUAUUAAAGUUAUUCAUUAACCUUAGGGACUGGCUUGGGUAUGCUUCUGAGAUAAGGAACUGAAAGUCUUCAACGAACCUCUGCAGUUCUGUGUGGGUGAGUUCUUCAGAGAUGACCCUUCGGAGCAGCUGUUUUUGAAGACAGGUGGUAGGAGAGGCUCUAGGACCACAUGUCCCAUUAAACAACUUUACAGGAGGGAGACACAUCUGGUUUACCAGUGUUUCUGACUUCCUGCUGAGCUGAAAACAGCUUCUUUUUGUGGAAGAGCCAAACUUGGCCACAAACAUCUAAAAUGAAGAUCCCCCGAACUUUUGAGGAGCAAACAGAAUGCAUCGUGGACUCUCUGCUCUCAGACUUCUUAGGCACCACUUGGCAGGUUGCCAACCGGAGCCUGUGUGGUGUAGAUGAACCAGAUUCAGGAGAGGCUAGCUGUUUUGACGUGGCCGUCAUUGCUGGUCGCCUUCGGAUGUUGGGUGACAAGUUCAAUGGAGAAUUGGAAGCUUCUGCCAAAAACGUCAUCGCAGAAACCAUCCGGGGACAGGCAGGACCUAUACUUCAGGACACAGUAAAAUCUCUCAGCAAGGCCUGGUGUGCUCAGGAUUCCAGCUUGGCUUAUGAGAGAGCCUUUCUGGCAGUGUCAGUGAAACUUCUUGAAUGUGUAGUCCGCAUGGCUCCUGAUAAGGCAAGACAGGUGGCUAUGCCCAUGACAAAUAUGAUCAAUGGGAACAGUGCCAUCCGAGAGUAUAUCCAGGGCCAGGGAGGUUGGGAAAACCUGGAGAGCUGAAGAAGAGGUGGAGCUGUUUUCCAGCCUGAACAGGACGUCUUCUUUGACUGAUUGGGUGAUUGAUUCCUGGCAAUUAAAACAGAAGAACAGCCAAAUCAAAACACACUUUCUCUUGGACAGAACUGAACUUGACUGAAUAAUCUAUCUUCUGCUGAUUGUUAAAGUUAGGAGCGACUCCCAGAGGUCUACAGAGAUUUUAUACUUUCUGUUCUUAUGUGAGUUUUAAUGAAGUUUUGUUGAAGCAGAGACCUCCAGAUGCAAGGUAAUGACUUGUCAGUAGUGGAAUUCCAGGCAACAGGAAACCAUUCUGCAGAUUUUGCCCUGCCCUUUGGUAAGGAUUUUAUCUACUAAUUUUGCAGUCUUAAGGAUUUCAGGGAGAUCUUUGGUUGGAAAAUUUUAUUUUAAGUUGAGGAUUUUCUUUUUAAGUUUAUAACCAAAAUUUCAUGUUAAUUUCACCUGAGCUGAAUUAUUUUAUGUAUUUUCAAGGUUAGAAGCAAAAAAGAGCAGUUGUUCAUCUGCUCUUCUACUAGAAAGGCCAAAGAGAGAGAUAACAGUGACUGCAUUUUUAUUGCCACAGGAUGCAGGAAGUGCUGGCCCACAUGUAGGACAGUAGGGCCGUCCCAGAUUAGAUGAAGCUACAUACCACAGUGUUUUUCAAAGUAUAUUUCACAUACCACUUGCGGACCUUAUAUGUUGCUGAUCUCCAGGCCCCAUCCCUAGAGAUUCUGAUCCUAUAGGAGUGGGCUGGGGCCUAAGAUCCUACCUGUUUAAUCAGUUCCACUGGUGAUUCUAAUGAACAUAUAAAAUUUGGGAACCAUCGCUUUAGAGCAGGUGUUGGCAAAGUUCAGCCCAUGGGCCAAAUCAGCCUGCUUUUUUUUUUUCAGUUAAAGCUUUAUUAGAAUGCAGCUGCACUCACUUGUUUGCAUAUUAUCUAUGGCUGUGUUAGCAUUGCAGCAGCAAAGUUGAGUCAUUAUGGCAGACACCAUAUGGCCUGUCCUGUAAAGCUUAAAAUAUUUACUGUCUGGCCUUUAAGUUUGCAGACCCCUGCUCUAAAGCUAAGUGAACACUUCUCCUUGAGUAACUUAAGCUCUGUUGCAGUCCUGACAGUUCCUGCCAAAUGGAAUUGUGGAUAGGAUAACCCUUCUUUCAGAAUUUAGCCUGAGCAUUUGUUGGUUCUUGCAUAGUCCACGCUUUCUCUAGGACCUUUGGAAAAUCAGAGAGCUCUGGGAUUCUGCAUAUUAUAGAGGAUAUUCAUUUCCUUGGCCCUGUCACAAAUGAUUGGAAGGGACUGAAAGCAAAGCAUACGGUUUCCAUGGUCUGUGCAUCUCAUCAACAGUUCUUAAUCUUGUAGGUUAGCAGGCAGUCAUCAGGUAGAGACUGCUUCAUCUCUGAGCCCCCAAACCAGACAGCCUACCUAACAUCAAGAAGAAAAGCAUUGCUGUAUCUGCUUUUUAAGAGAGGGGUUAAUGGCUUUGGCUAAAGUUUUACAAAGCUAACCACUUCCCCUCCCCUCAGCCAGCCAUCAGGCUACCCUCAAUGCACAGAAAUAAAAUGUAGGGUUGCUGAUAUAUUUUGACUUUUUCAAGUUAUACUAUUUUCUCUAUGCUUAGAUAAAUCACAAUAGGUUAGUAAUUCAGAAAUGAGAUUUCAUGUUCUCUUUAAUAGAAAUUAGGUUGUUUGUUUGUUUUUUUUUUGCUACCAAUUUAAGACACUUGAUGCAUUCCUUUGUCCCUUUCAUUACUGUAAACUCAAUAUGGUGAGUUUUGUGGUUUUUGACCUCUUAGGCAAAAUCAUUAUUUUCGCUUUGACUAAUGCUGUUCUGUUCAUGAAAUGAAAUUCUUCUGUCUCUGCAUUUGAACUAAUUCCCAGCAAGUGCAAUCUAAAUUGAAUGGUACAGAAACAGAGAACAGAUUGGUGGUUGCCAGGGGCGUGGGGUUGAGGCGGGGUGGGGAAAUAGGUUAAGGUGGUCAAAGGGUACAGACUUCCAGUUAUAAGAUGCAAAACUUCUGGGGAGUUAAUGUACAGCGUGGUGACUAUAGUUAACCAUACUGUAGUGUGUAUUUGAAAGUUGCUAAUAGAUUUUUAAAGUUCUUACCACACAUACACACAUUGCAGCUAUGUGAGGUGGUAUGUUAACUAACUUUAUUAUGGUAGUCAUUUUGCAACAUAUAUGCAUAUCAAAUCAUUAUGUUAUAUUCCUUAAACUUACACAAUGUUAUAUGUCAAUUAUAUCUCAACAAAACUGGAAAAAAAUAAAUUGAGUAUAAGUGGUAGAGGCCAGCAGCCUCCUCUUUUUCUUUUCUUUCCCCUCUUAGCCAUACCAGCUCCCUUUUUUAUGCUGUUUUGCCCACAAAACAUCAGAAUGUGAGUCUGGCUCCAAGUGUACUAUAGUAUCUUGAGACAGAGAAUAUGGUGCCCCUGGGGAUUACACAAGGCAAUGGGUACGGAAGCUCUGGCCUGGGUGUUGUGUUUGUUGCAGGGCCACCCUAUCCUAGGAGAGCUGAAGUGACUGGGCUGCAGGAAGAAGACACUGUAGCCCAGAGAUCAAGAAUGCAUUCAGAUUGUCUGAUGUUAACAACUUAGUUUCACAUAGCCUAAUCAUGUGACAUCAGAUAAAUAAUCCAAUUCCUUUGUGCCCAUGUUUCCACAAUAGGAUUACUCUGAGGGAUAAAUGAUACAAUACACUUUGUGAAGGGUUUAGCCCAGUGCCUGGAAUAUUUUAAGCACUGCUUAAACAAUUUGGAACCCCUGUGAUUUGGAGUUCAUAAAGUUCCAGCUUGGCUUUUUUUUAUCUCCAUUAACUCUCUCUCUCACAAAGAGAAGCCAAUCUUAUUUUACCUUUCACUCCAAUGUGGGUGAUUCUUAGAUCUGGCUUAUUCCCCUUCUUUCUAGAUCCAUACCCACAAACUCUAAUUCUUUAUCUCUGUGUACCUUUCGUAUGCUUAUACUUCUCCAGAGUGCCAUCCAACUAGCCCCAAACCUGUCAUGUCUCCCUCUUUCCAGGCCUACUCCCCCAGUUAGUCUUUUUACUUAUUCCUUCCUUUUUGUCCUGAUUCUCCCUACAAGAGUUUAUUACCACCUGCUUGGACCAGUGGGAAAGCCUCCAAGUUAUGCAUUCAGCUGACUGUCCUGUUGCAAGCUUGCCCCAUUCCAGUCUGUCCUGUUUUUGCCAGCAAAUUGGCCAAACCUGUGAGUUCUUUGUCCCUUGUUUUGA